AUGAAAUGGGAGCAAAUGGUUACCAAGAGUACGGAUGUGGUCAGAAACAAAACUACGAUUUCCAUAUAAAGAAGAAGCCAAAAGUCUGUGCCUGAUUUAUUAAACCAAACAAAUGGAUUAGAGAGCAGAGUUCAUACAUACGCUAAUAAUAUCUUUCAAAUGGCUUCUAUUCCUCUUCCAGCACUCUACCUCUCCGCAUCACUUGUCAGUUCUAACCUUAACUACCGCACCAAAACUCCAAUUAGAUCAAUUAGCAGUGGAUUAAGGAAGCUGAGAACCAAUCAAAGAUUGAGUCUUUUUGUAUGUCGAGCAGCCUCUGUCACGUUUCGUGAUCUUGAUGCCGAUGAUUUUAGACAUCCUCUUGACAGACAGAAUACGUUGCUUUUGAGAGCAAUACCUGGUCUCAACGACAUUGGAAAAGCCUUACUAGGGACUGUUUCUGAACAAAUUAUGCUUCUGGAGAACAUAGGGACGUCAGUUCUUGUUUCAGAAAAGCAGCUCCCUGAACUUCAUCACUUAAUGGUUGACGCUGCUAGAAUUCUCAAUAUUGAGGCUCCUGACUUGUAUGUACGUCAAAGUCCUGUUCCCAAUGCAUAUACUCUGGCUAUUAGUGGUAAAAAGCCUUUUGUAGUUGUUCAUACAAGCCUUGUGGAGCUGCUGAGUCGAAAGGAAUUUCAGGCUGUCUUGGCUCAUGAGUUAGGUCAUCUGAAAUGUGAUCAUGGUGUGUGGUUGACAUUUGCUAAUAUUCUCACUCUUGGGGCCUAUACUGUUCCUGGUGUUGGUGGUUUGAUUGCUCAGAGACUGGAAGAACAACUCUUCCGCUGGCUUCGAGCAGCAGAACUCACUUGUGAUCGUGCAGCACUUCUUGUUGCUCAAGAUCCAAAGGUGGUUGUUUCAGUAUUAAUGAAAUUAGCUGGUGGCUGCCCAUCUCUGUCUGAUCAACUGAAUGUGGAUGCAUUCUUAGAGCAAGCUCGUUCUUAUGAUAAAGCAUCAUCUAGCCCAGUGGGGUGGUAUAUUAGAAAUGCUCAAACAAGGCAACUUUCACAUCCGCUCCCUGUUCUACGUGCACGUGAGAUUGAUGUAUGGUCGAGAAGUCAAGAGUAUAGGUCUCUUCUUAAGCGUGCAACAGAGGUGAAUUCUGCGCAAAAAGUUUAGCACUGCGUGAGGAUGAGCAUUGAAGCUGAAUACAUGUAAAUAUCCAGUCUCUUUUCAGCAUCUUCUUCCUGACAUACAUGUUGGUGGCAUUAUAGGGUACAAGUGCAGCUGUUUGGGCGCAAAUUUUACAUGGAAUAUAAACUCACUCCAGCAGUUGAUGAAUUGAUAUCUACCUACCGUUGUUUCAAUUGUUGAAGUACUAGCUUUGAUUAAAUUUCGGUGGUCAAUAUAAUGUAAAAGAGGAAUGAUCUGAAUUUGUAUAGCCAUUAACUAUGUGUAUAUCACCAAUAGCUGUGUACAUGCAAAUACAAGAAACUUUGUUUUGAUAAUGGUCAUCAACAUUAGAAGCA